AUGACAAAUCUAGAAAAAUCUUUAUCUGAAUCGGCAGUUGUUGAAAGGCCAACCUCAAUUAUUUCAAGUAAUGUCAUAGACAUUGAAUCAUCAACUAAAGCAGAAGAGAAUCAUAAUUAUAAUGGUUUAGAUGAUAGUAGUAAAGUAAUUAAUGAGGCUGCAACAUAUGGUUCGCUUUGUAAUUUUGGAGAUUUACCUUAUUGGUGUCAAGAUAAUCGUCAUAUAGUCAGUG